AUGCGCAAGACACUUCUGCUGGUCUUUAUCCACGGCUUCAAGGGAGGUGACGACACCUUUACCAGCUUCCCUGAGAAACUGCGCACUGUGGUGGGCAAGGCACUCCCCGCAAUCAACGUUACCACGGCCGUGUACCCAAAAUAUGAAACUAAAGGCGAUCUGAAGGGAUGCGUGGGAAGAUUCCGAGACUGGUUGCAAAAUACGGUCAUCGACCUCGAGGUUGCGAAUCAUACUGCCUCGCCCACAGUUGAUCCCUCGGUCCAUGUGUUCCUGGUAGGACACUCGAUGGGAGGAAUUGUUGCAGCGGAGACACUCUUGUUACUCGCUAGCGAGCAACCCAUUCCCGCAAACCCCACAUCAAAAUCUCAACCAGCGCCUCAGCCUGAGGAUGAUGCUCCUGUCGUGGAACCAGGUACAUUUAUGUUCCCUCACAUUCAGGGUGUUCUCGCCUUUGACACCCCAUUCCUUGGUAUCGCACCAGGCGUCGUCUCGUAUGGGGCCGAGGGACACUAUCGCAACGCUACCACGGCCUACAACACCUUUACGGAGGUAGCGGGGAUCUUCGGCUACGGAAAGAGCUCACCAGGCCAGGCUGCUGCCGCCACCGCGCAAGAAGCCCCCAAGGCUCUCCCUCCCACUGCCGAUGCAGCGGCCACACCAUCAUGGCAGCGCUGGGGUCGAUACGCCAUGUUCGCCGGAGCCGCCGGAGCCGUUGCUGCCGGCGGUGCCGCGGCCCUUUAUUCCCAGCGACAAAACUUGACCGCGGGCUUUACCUGGGUGUCUUCUCAUCUUGAAUUUGUGGGAUGUCUCGCACGAACGUCUGAGUUGAAGCAACGUCUCGAAGGAUUGGUCAAGGUCCAGGAGGAUCGGGGGAUCGAAUGCGUCAACUUCUACACCUGCCUUGGACAGGGCGCGGGAAACAUCGUAGCGGAAACGGCAACUGGAAAGACAUCCUUCAGUCAGAAAAUCAUUCGGUCAAAGAACAGAACAUUUUGCAUGCUUCCGUCUGAAGUGGAAGAUGGCGAGGAAAUGGCAUCUUCAUCCCGAGCCGGACUUCAGUGGAAAAAGGCUGUGAACAACCAGGCCGCCGACGAGGUCCAGGCGCACGUCAGCAUGUUCCUGCCCAAAGACAAUCCUGCAUUCUUCGAUCUUGUCGGCGAAACUUGCAAGACCUUGGUGAUCUCAAUCGACAAAGGCUGGUACAACAGUGCAACCGGACCAGCGGAAGGGAGUGAAUCUCUUCAGCAACCCGCAUCCGAAGUCGAUUUCAUGGACGCAGACGACGUCGUGGUCGUGGAAUGA